AUGGCUAGUGCUGCUUUGUCCCAUAAGGGCAAUCACAGGAACCACAGGGGCUUGGAGUUUAUGGUCACUGGCUCUAUUCAUAUCAGAAAUCCUCCAAAGUCAGCAAAAAGAGAGAAGAUGACAUCUCCACCAUUCCCGGAUGCCAGUCCUAUGGAGAACCCAGCACUCAUUGCUAACAUCAAGAUUGAGCCCCCAGAAGAACUUCUGGCUAAUGAUUUCAAUCUGCCCGAGGUGGAACCAGUUGACCUCUCUUUUCACAAGCCCAAGGCUCCUCUCCAGCCUGCCAGCAUGCUGCAAGCUCCAGUACAUCCUCCCAAGCCACAGCCUGCUCUCCAGACACUCGUAGUGUCCACUUCAACAUCUGACACAGGCAUAUCAGCAAAUACCCCUACUGUUUUGACUCCAGGCUCUAUCCUGGCCUCCUCUCAGAGCACUGGUGGCCAGCAUAUCUUACAUGUGAUCCAUACUAUCCCCUCAGUGAGGCUGCCAAAUAAAUCAGGUAGCCUGAAGACCAUCCCAGUGGUGAUACAGUCACUGCCCAUGGUGUUUACUACUUUGCCUGCAGAUGGGGGCCCUGCAGCCAUUACAGUCCCACUCACUGGAGGAGAUGGCAAAAAUGCUGGAUCAGUGAAAGUUGACCCCACCUCCAUGUCUUCACUGGAUAUCCCAAGUGACAGUGAGGAGAGUACAAUUGAGAGUGGAUCUUCCGCUUUACAGGGUAUUCAGGGACUGCAGCAAGAGGGAGUACUUUUACCAUCAGCAAUGACCCAAAUGCAGGGAGAAGAGUCUCUUGAGUUGAAGAGAAGACGGAUUCACCAAUGUGAUUUUGCAGGAUGCAGCAAAGUGUACACCAAAAGCUCCCACCUGAAAGCCCACCGCAGAAUCCAUACAGGAGAGAAGCCUUAUAAAUGCACCUGGGAUGGCUGCUCCUGGAAAUUUGCUCGUUCAGAUGAGCUCACCCGCCAUUUUCGCAAGCACACUGGCAUCAAGCCCUUCCAGUGCACAGGCUGCAACCGUAGCUUUUCUCGCUCUGAGCACCUAUCCUUGCACCGCAGGCGCCAUGACACCAUGUGA